AUGGAUCCCUCGGAGAAGAAGAUCUCGGUGUGGAUCUGCCAGGAGGAGAAGCUGGUGUCCGGCCUCUCGCGCCGCACCACUUGCUCGGACGUGGUGCGGGUGUUGUUGGAGGACGGCUGCCGGCGCCGGAGACAGUGGCGGGGCCGGCGGCGAGGGGUGGCCGGCGACUCUGCAGGCCCGGGGGAGCCCCCGGAUGAGGAUGAGGACGAGGACGAGGACGAGGAGGCGGGGCCGCAGGGGGUGCUCUGCGGGCCCCCGCAGUGCUACUGCAUCGUGGAGAAGUGGCGCGGCUUCGAGCGCAUUCUGCCCAACAAGACGCGCAUCUUGCGCCUGUGGGCCGCCUGGGGCGACGAACAGGAGAAUGUGCGCUUCGUGCUGGUGCGCAGCGAGGCGUCGCUGCCCAACGCGGGGCCGCGCAGCGCCGAGGCGCGCGUGGUGCUCAGCCGCGAACGGGCCUGCUCGGCCCGCGGGGCCCCGGCGCGGCCCGGCCUGGCCAUGACCCAGGAGAAGCAGCGGCGCGUGGUGCGCAAGGCCUUCCGCAAACUGGCCAAACUCAACCGGCGGCGCCAGCAGCAGCCGCCGCCGUCGCCCUGUUCGUCUACUUCUUCCACCGCCUCGUCCUGCUCGUCGCCGCCGCGGGGCCGCGAGAGCGCGUCGGUGGAGCGCAUGGAGACGCUGGUGCAUCUGGUGCUGUCCCAGGACCACACCAUCCGCCAGCAGGUGCAGCGGCUCCGGGAGCUGGACCGCGAGAUCGACCGGUACGAGGCCAAGGUGCACCUGGACCGCAUGCGGCGGCACGGGGUCAACUACGUGCAGGACACUUACUUGGUGGGUGCAGGCAUCGAGCCCGACGAGGCCGGUCCGGGAGAGGCGGCUGCGGCGGCGGGGAAGGAGUCAGAGGCCUCGGCGCCCCCGGACGGCGAGGCGCAGGCGGCGGCGCUAGAGGAGCUGGCCCGGCGCUGCGACAACCUGCUGCAGCUGCAGGAGCAGCGGGCCCAGCAGGAGGAGUUGCUCGAGCGCCUCUCGGCCGAGCUGCAGGAGGAGCUGAACCAGCGGUGGAUGCGGCGGCGCCAGGAGGAGCUGGCGGCGAAAGAGGAGCCCCCGGAGCCCGACUGCGGCCCCGACGGCGAGCUGGUGCUGGAGCAGGAGCGGGUCAGGACGCAGCUCAGCACCAGCCUCUACAUCGGACUCCGGCUCAACACCGACCUGGAGGCCAUCAAGUCGGACUUGGAUUACAGCCAGCAGCAGUGGGACAGCAAGGAUCGCGAGCUGCAGGGCCUGCUUCAGACUUUGCACACAUUGGAGCUGACCGUGGCGCCCGAUGGGUCUCCGGAUUCGGGGGGACCUUCCGGGGAUCCUCGGCCUCAGGCCUCUGCUGAGGUGUGGGUGGACCAGGCCCGAGGACUGGCCAAGAGCUGCCCUGGCAACGACGAGGACUCGGAUACGGGGCUGAGUUCGAUGCACAGUCAGGACUCAGAUUCCGUGCCUGUGUGUGAAUCCCUGGUGUAGGAGACAGAGACGCAUCUCCCUUCCCUGCAGAAAACACCGACCCGGCCGCCUCAGGGACUUGAAACCG